AUGACCAUCGCGAGUAUUGCCUCGCCGCGGUGGAUCAGUUACAGCACUAAUGGCGAGCGCAAAUUCUCAUACGGCCUCCACACGCGCUGCUCUGCGGAGACAGGUGCCUGCGAACCUUUCCCCAAGACCUCAGAAUGCGGCAAGCAUCCGGCCUUCUGCAACAUGUGGCGCACCGUUGGCUUCUUGAUUUCCUUCGCCGUUGUGGCCGAGCUCUGCACACUGGUCUCUUUCGCAGUCAUUGUUGGCGGCGGCGUGCAGAGGAGAGCUGCUGGGUGGCAGGUUGUGUCUGGUGUGCUGCUCUUCAGCGCCGUCGUGCAGUGCGCCGGAAUGGCUAUUGUGGCCUACCUCUACGACAACGACACGACUUAUUUCUUUGGCGGCGUUUGGCACCUCGACAGGUGCUUCCACCUCGUGACAGCCUCUUGGACAAUCCUCUUCCUCACCUCCGUCGGCAUCAUCGCCUCCGCGCUCUACCUCCCCGCCGAGGGCGACUACGAGCUCAUCGUGGACGACAUUGAGCCCGACGACCGGCUUCUUUCGCGCAUCGCCGCGUGGGACAACGGCUGGAAAGGCUCGAAUUCCAGCGAGGAGUACAGCUAUCAGCGCGAUCAGGACGGCAUGAGCGAUAUGAGCAGUCUCGCCGGACGUCGGGAAAGCGAUCUGAGCUCCUUCAAGGGCCGCAGGGAUAGCUCGGUUGGCGGACCACGGAUACCGGUCCACAAUACCCCGCGAUAAACCGCUUCAAAACGAAAAAGCAAACGAAUGAACACGACGGACGGGGCGGCAUAAUAAUACAAGGUGGCGGUGGCGGUGGAUCUGGCUCAAAAUUGAGAUGGCGCAAAUGGCUGAUGUUUCGACCUGGACUCGCGAUUUGACUUUACAGCGGCAUGGUUCCAUGUUUGAUUUCCACAGUCUCCUAUGAUACCCCUCUACCCUGGUGGUUGGGCUAGUGCUUUUUACGUUAUUCAUCUCGUGGUUUUGUUUGCGUCGCUGAAUUUGGCAUCAACUCAGUAGUAUAUCCGAAUAUGCAAUAUCUAAGCAUCGUUAUUUUCUCCGCUC